UACCUUGACCUUGAAAAAGACAACACAGAAAAUGCAGUGUGGACGUCCUCUCAGAAGCUUUACAGCAAAAGCUGCAAAGAUUUUGUCACAACAGAAUGUUGUGAUGGCGAGACGAGGUUUUUCAGUCAGUACCAGAUGUAUGAAUGACACAGUAGGAUUUAUAGGACUGGGAAACAUGGGGAACCACAUGGCCAAGAAUCUGAUCAGCAAAGGCCACAAGCUGUUGGUGUGUGACGUGUUUCAGACUGCCACAGACGGACUUCGUGCAGCAGGUGCUGAUGUGGCUAGUUGUCCAGCAGAAGUGGCAGCUGGAUCCAAGAAGAUUGUCACCAUGUUACCUGAAACGCAUCAUGUUGAUACUGUUUACUCAGGCGCUAAAGGCAUCUUCAGUCAGGUGCAGGAUGGGAGCCUGCUGAUUGAUAGCAGUACCAUAGACCCAGCCACUUCCCAGGCCAUGGCGCUCACAGCCAAGGGACAUAACUCAGUGUAUGUGGACGCUCCUGUGUCGGGAGGCAGCCAAAAUAUGUAA